GAGCUCAGCCCUGUGGGUGACACAGGGAUGGUCACAGCAGGGCCAUGGUGGGACCCCCCUGGCUCUUGGGGUGUCACAGGGUGGGGAGGAAAGGCUGAGAGCUGCUACACUCAUUGCUCUGCUUCACAUCCCCUCUCCUUCCCAGGAACCUGAUGGCACAGCCCGAGCCCCCUGCAGAGCUGCAGCUGGAUGAAGCCAGAGCAUCGCCAGCCCCACAGGGAGCAGCUGAAGGAGCUGCCCCACACACAGAAAAUCCUCACCCCCCAUUAGAUCCAGCAGGGAACGGAUCUAAAUCCCUGCCCGGGGGCAGCCCAGACUCCAGCCAGGAGCUGCAGGCUGCCAGCAGGGAUCCUUCCUUGGAGAUAAACACACCAGGGACUCAGCUGGGUGAGGGUGCAGCCGGGGCUGGGAUCCCGCUGGACGGGGAUGCGGAUGGGACAGGAAUCCCACUGGACAUGGAGGCAGACGGGGUAGAGAUUCCACUGGGUGUGGAUGAAGGUGGGACAGGGAUCCCNGUGGAUGAAGAUACAGCAGGAAUUCCACUGGAUAUGGAUGAAGGUGGGACAGGGAUCCCAGUGGGUGAGGAUGCAGAUGGAGCAGGGAUCCCACUGGCCAUGGACACAGACAGGGAAAGGAUCCCAGACAAUGCAGAUGGGGCAGGAAUCCCGCUGGACAUGGACACAGAGGGAGCAGGCAGCCCUCUGCACGCCGAUGCCACAGAGCACCAGUGCCUGAGCCUGGAAGAGCUGGGGAAUUAUUUCCAGGAGUGCAUCGAGGUCGUGGAGCAGCUGGAGAGGGAGAGGGACGGCCUGAUCGCCGAGCUGGCGCAGCUGCGGGAGCCGGCGCUGCGGGAGAUCCGCCAUGCCCACGAGGAGAUCCAGGCGGCCUGCAGGCUGCUGGCCAAGGUGGAGCUGGAGAGGGACAACCUGCGGGACGAGAUCCGCCAGAUCAAGCAGAAGCUCUUCAAGGUGACCAAGGAAUGCGUGGCCUGCCAGUACCAGCUGGAGAGCCGGCGGCACGACCUCUCCCAGCACGCCGCCUACCAGGGCGAGCUGGAGAGCCAGGCCGGGCAGCUCUCGGGGGAGCUGUCCCAGCUGAAGGAGAGCUGCGAGAAGGAGAAGGAAGUUCUGAGGCAGCGCCUGGAGGCUCCGCCGUGCCGCCAGGACAACCUGUACCUGCAGGAGAGCCGCAGGCUGUCCGUGGAGUUCGAGAGCUUCGUGGCCCAGAGCCGGCGGGGGCUGGAGGAGCACUACGAGCCGCAGCUGCUGCGGCUGCUGGAGCGGCGCGAGGCCGGGGCCAGGGCGCUGCAGGAGAUGCAGGGAGAGAUGCAGGGCAUGAAGGAAGCCCUGAGGCCCUUGCAGGGCGAGGUCAGCCGGCUGCGGCUGCAGAACCGCAGCCUGGAGGAGCAGAUUGUCCUGGUCAAGCAGAAAAGGGAUGAGGAGGUCGGGCAGUACAGGGAGCAGGUGGAGGAGCUGGAGGACAGGCUGAAGGAGCUCAAGAACGGGGUCCAGCUCCAGCAGCGCAAGAACCAGGAGCUGGAGGAGCUCAGGAGCAGCCUCCAUCGGGAGCUCUCCAUCUACAAGAGCUGCUUAGAAAUCUACGGGCACCUCUGCAAAUCAGAGGAAAAAGCAGAGCAGGACUCUUAGAACCAGGAAUUUUCCUCUUUGUAGCAAAAACCAGUGGACAGAGGACACAAGGGAUGUCUCCUCAUGCUGCUUUACCCUGCCUGGUGUGCAGCAGCUGCCUGGAGCUGGGAAUGGCAAUCUUUUCCCUGGCUAUUUCCCCAGGUGCUGCUGCUGCUCUUGUACUAAAACUGCUUUUCCCCAGAGGAGCAGAGCAAACAAUCUUUGUACUGAACGAUGGAUAUGGAUGAGGAAUAACUUUAAUUGAUGUUUUGCUGUGUUUGGGAAAACUUUGUCUUGUUCCAGAUUGUUUAAGCCUACACAGAAAGUUCUGGAAGCCGGUGUUGGAGGGGGGUUAGUUUUAAAAGUUUACAUGCAAGAGAAGCUUUCUCCUUUGAAGAGGAUUUUCUUUUGUAUUUCAAGAGUUUCUGCUGUACUGGGACAUGCUCCACAGAAAUGAGGUGGUGGGGAAGAGAUUUCCACUUUAUAUUGAGUCUCACACUGAAAAUAAAAGGUCAGAGUUUAAGGAG